AUGUACGUACUUUUGGCGAGGGAGGAAGGCAAUGUCCGUGUGGAGAUGAAGAACAGCUGGCAGUGGAGCAGCCAGGGAGAAGCGGAGCCGGAGGAGAUCAUCAGCUGUAUACUGAUGGAGCCCAAUGCCGAGUCGGUAGAUCGAGGACAUAAACAUCCAGACCCACACAGACAGUGCAUAGAUCCUGAGAGGCCACAUCACGGACAGGAACAACCGGACGGAAACAAAGAUACCGGUGGGCCGCAGAGACAGGAACAGGACAGGAAUCCGGUAGUGACAGAGUUAGCGGUGAGUAGCGGCAGCAAGUCGCGCCAGCGUUCACUCAACCGGAAGACAUCGAGGUAUUCAGGUGUGGGAUAUCCCGAUGUGGAGCAACUGAAGUUGAUCAGCUCUGAUCUGAAUAAAAUUUACUUAGCCGACAGUUUUGACUCUCUCCACCACAUUCUCAACAAACUCACCAUCGACUUCUUUAACAGUGCUAAUGUUUUAGACUCUGUCAGGCUGCUGAAUGGUUCCAGUCUGUGUUCAGGCAGACUGCAGGUGAAGUCUAACCAGAGAUGGUCCUCAGUGUGUGAAACUGACUUUGACCUGCAGGAUGCAGAGGUGGUCUGUAGGGAGCUUGGCUGUGGGCCUCCUUCGUUCCUCCAGGGGGCGCUCUAUGGAGAAGUGGAGGCUCCAGUGUGGAGCAGAGAGUUCCAGUGUGGAGGCCAUGAGUCUGCUCUCCUGGACUGUAGAAGCUCAGGCUCAGUGAGAAGCAGCUGCUCACCUGGCAAAGCUGCUGGACUCACCUGCUCAGAGCCUGUCAGGUUGGUGGGAGGAGCCAGUCGCUGUGCAGGUACACUGGAGGUGAGACGAGGAGAGUGGAGACCAGUGGCGAUGGAUAUCUGGACCCUGAAGGAUGCAGCUGCUGUCUGUGGACAGAUGAACUGUGGUUCUGCUGUUUCUGUAGGAAAUACACAGAGUUCUUCACAGAGAUCGGUGUGGUGGGUGGAGUCACUCUGUGUUCAGGCUGGAUAUGCUCUGAAAGAGUGCGCAUCAGCAGAUCGCUCUGACUCCACGCUGAAUGUCACCUGUUCAGGGCAACAGUUCAAACAGGGAGUGGGCAGGAUGUGA